GUAAACGGAACGGAACCAACAAUGUGGAAGAGAAUGUUCCGCACGAAUAUAUUAGUUGUUACACUGCUGAGCAGAACCUAAAACGCAGUUGUUGUUGUUUUAAAUACUGGCGAUUUUAAAGGAAUAAUGCAAAUUGGGUACUCGAUAGAUAGAUGUGAAUAGUAAACGUUACAUCAGGCUGUUGUCAGAGUUACACCUUCAGUGGUCUUUCAUAAUAGCGUUGGCAUGAUUGGCAGAAUAAACAUAAAAUAUCGAGACACAUUUCGCUGAUAAAUCAACACUUGUUAGCACUUAAACUGUAUUCUGAAAUGUGGGGAGAAAUCGAGCCCCGUGUCAACGGGCAAGAGAGCAUGAAGAGCCGCGGGACUGACCAGAGACGGACACACUCUCCAGAUCCACAGCAGAAGACAGUAUUGUGGGGAGAAAUCGAGUCCACCUCCAAACCUGACCCACCUACCUGGAGUCAACCUGCUUCUCAAGACAGUCUACCAGCUCUUCCUCAUCCUCCUGAGACAAAUGCCAGAGAGGUCAACAACACACCCAGCUGCUCUUCAGAUGUACAGGAUGAGCCGCCCAUUAGUCUCAGCGCAAUGAUAGAGACUAUAGCCGCCAGUGGGAGUCCAGUGAAAAGUCAGCAGCUGGGGGAUCCGGACUUAACUCUGGAGGAGAAGAGGGAGGUUUUAAUGGAUCAGUACAGAUCCAGGCCUUUAGUCUUUUUGGAGCGCUAUCAGGCUCAUCUGAAGCCAGAGCACAUAGACGCUUUUUCACACCUGAGCAGCGACUGCAGGGUGCAGUAUUACUGUAAGGAGAUUCAGAGACGGGCAUCUGGAUCAGCUGACCGAAGAAGAGUUCGGAAUCACCGGUAUGCCGCUCUACGGGCUCUUCAGAAAGAUGGCCAGUACUUCAGCGAGGAGCAGAUGCGUGUACGAGACCCGCUGCUGUACGAGCAGUACAUCGGUCAGUACCUUAGCGAAGAAGAGAUCCUGCAGCGCUCAGAGGAGGUCAUGAGGAGCGGUACAGGAGGACUCGCUGACCUCCUUAUCGACUCCUACCAGGAGAAACUCAUCCAGAGCCGACUGGAGCAGGAGCAGGAGAAAGAGCAGUGUGCACUGGAGGAAUCUGAGGACGAAGAAUGUGAAGAAGUCAGACAGGCAGAGUAUGAGCCUAAUGCAGAAGAGAAAGCCAUGCUGAGAGAAGAGUUCCUCAGUCAGAUGCACCAGCGCUUCUUGGAUGGCAAAGAUGACUUUAACUACAGUGAAGUGGAUGAGAAUCCAGAUUAUGAUAAUCUGGAUAUUGUAAGUCGUGAUGCAGAGGAGCGUUACUUUGAUGAAGAUGAGGAGGAGGAGGAGGAAGAAGAAGAGGAGGAGGAAGAACAAGAGGAGAUGACACAUUAGUCCAUCAAUACUCAAAAUGAUCUAACAACAAAACAUUGUUUUGAUUUGCCGUACAUUGUCAUUUUUUUUUCUGAUGGAUAUUUUUGAUUGUGUAGAUUGUCUUUGUCCUUAAUUAAAGAGUAUUAUUUUCAGUA